AUGCCCGCGCUCCCAUCCAUCCUGCUUGGGAGCGCGCAAUCACUCCAUAACAAGCUGGACGAGCUGGAAGCUUGGGCCACGGUGAGACAGAAGAUCACCAAUGCCUGUCUUCUUGUGUUCAUGGAGUCUUGGCUUAAGGACACCAAUCGAAAUGAGGAUCUCUCGGUCGAGGGGCGCCAUACAGACUGGAUCGGGACCUGGAAAUCGCCGGGAAAUUGCGCGGAGGAGGAGUUUUCAUUCACUCUACGUGAAUGA